AUGAGCAGCAUGAGGGCCCGCGCAGCAGCAGCAGCAGAUGUUGCUGUUGUGGUGAUCGAGGCAAAUAAGGAGCAGCAGCAGCAAACUGAAGAAGCCAUCAAGCAGGCAGAUGCAUGCGGGCUGCCCGUUAUCUUCGUCCUGAAUAAAAUAGACAAGCUGCUCCCCAGCACCAGCAGCACCAGCAGCAGCAGCAGGGUGCGAGCGGCCCUGCUGCAGCUGCAGGAGGCAGAGCAGCAGUUGCUGCAGGGCAGCGAGCUGUCCGCAGCAGCGGCAGCAGCAGCAGCAGCAGCAGCCCAGAGCGCCCACGGCGCUGCGCUGCAGCAGCUGCUGCUGCUGCGCAUGCAGCUGCGACGAGCCUGCCAAAGAAUGGCGGAAGAAAAAAUAAUUGAAAGAGAUUUUAGUUCAGAGGCGAUGAAUGCCCUGGCUAUUUCCGCCCUCUAUGGCCAUGGCGUGAAGCUGCUUCUCAGCCGCAUUGCUGAAACGACGGCGCUGCUGCAGCUUCCCCUGAGGGGACCCUCGUCUUUCUGCGUGACUCCCGGAGCUGCAACCAGGUACCGGCACGUGCAGCGGCGCUCAGACUGCCUUGUGGAGGGCCACUUGGGUCCCUCAGCCGUAGGGCUCAUUCUGGACAUACAGCAGACACGAGACCGAGGCCUUAUUUACACUGUGCUACUGAAGUCAGGGGCUCUGUCCACUGGGAACUACUUCGUGGCUGGCAGCGUUUAUGGGCGCAUUUCUUCGGUGUGGCGGCACAGCUGUACCUUCAAGGAGGCCCCCUACACUCCGGAGGCCCUAGGAGAAGACAGGGGCCCCUUGGGGGCCCCCUUUGAAGUGGGUUCAGUUUUGGAAAUAGCCUCGCAGCGGGGUAAGGGGGGGGAAGCGGCAAUAGAUGAUUUGCUGCUGUGCCUCCCUCAAACCAGGGCCUACAGGCUGGCCAAGUACCGGCAGGCUCUGGAGCAGAAGCAGCAGCAGCAAAUUGACGGGCCCCUGCUGCAGCUGCCCUGGGAAGUCGACCACCCCAAGCAGCCGGGCAGCAGGUGGCACCUGCUGCAGCAACAGCAGCAGCAAAUACGGAGGCCUGUCUCCGCAGGAAGGAGGGCCAUCGAAGAAUUCGGGAUCCCAGAUGACGACAGCAGCAGCAGCAGCAGCAGCAGCAGCAGCAGCAAAGGUCCCCUCUUCACGGACGCCACAAGAGCUGACUUUGAAAGGCCGAUGCGGAGCCUGCCACUUCAAGGCAGGUGUAGAGACACCCCAGGCGCCGACGCCGACGGUGCAGCAGCAGCAGCAACAGCAGCGCCCGGGGAGGAGCUCCUUGAUGAGAUGGAGCUUCUAGGGAUGCGCCCAAAGACGCAGCAGCAGCAGCAGCAAACCAAUGCUCGGCCUGAUCAUAUUGAUCUCGAGCCAAUCGUUGUCUCGCCAGAAGAAGACUCAGAUGAUGAUGAGAUGCUUUUCUAUGCAGAGAAGCAGAAGGAACAAACGCAGCAGCAGCAGCAGCAGGACCAAGAGCAGCAGCAGCAGCAGCGGCAGCAGCUGUCUGAAGUUCAGCAGCUCGGGAGGUCUUCUACGCGGCGCCGUCGGCAGCUGCAGCACCCCAACAGCAGCGAGGCCAACAGCACUGCAUGGGGCUUCGCCUCUGCAGCGGAAGCAGCAACAGCAGCAGCAAAAGAAAUGGAAGCAGAAGGAGAGGCAGCAGCAACAGAAACAGGAACCGCUGCAGCAGCAGCUGCUGCUGCAGCAAAAGGCGCCGCAGGCUCCAGUUCGCUGCGGCCAUUCGAAACGCAAGAGGAAUGGGCCGAACGCGUUGUAAGGGAAAAUGAAGAGCUGAUGAGCCGCUGGAGGGCAAAGUCAAGACAAAGAAAAGAAGCAUAUGAGCAGCAGCAGCGGCUGUUGCGUGCUACAGUUGUGGAGGCCGAGCAGCAAAGACGGAAAGCUCUUCAAGAGCCGCUGCUGUCGGAAGAAGAAGUGAACCAGCUGAUCAACGGAGAAGACGAAAAGCCCUUAGAGAGCUCCACAGACAAACAGGAAAUUAAAACUAUCCCUGCCCCCCCCAAAGAUGCUCCAGUGGUGCCAGUGAUCCUUCGGACACGUUACGUGGGCAGCUUCGACUUGCUUAUGGACGAAUUCGAGAAGAUAGAGGUGGAAAUGGGAAUGCGCAUUCCAGUGGUCCACGGAGGCAUUGGCCCAGUGGCCCCCCGGGAUAUAGUGCAUGCAGAGGUGGAGCGAAGUUACGGCUACUGCCCGGUGUAUGCCUUUCAAGUGCCAGUGCUGCCGGACGCAGUGAAGCAGGCCUUGGUGAGCAAAGUUAUUGUCAAGAAGUUCGACGUUUUCACUGAUUUAAUUCAAGAUCUCAGAGACAGAUGCACCAACAUCCACAAACUCCGAAUGCACAACCUCUACGUCCGCAGUCUCAAAAAGCAGCCCACAAAGUCAGGGCUCUGA